AAGAAGAAGAGAAGUGAGCGAGGGAAGGAAGCAAAAACAUGAGAGAAGUGAAACACAGCCGUUCAUUCUGCUCUAAACCUGCUGUGUUUCAGACGGAUGAAUUACUUCAGGAGAACUAGUGUAAAGAUGGAGAUUAAGGAAGAACCCUGCAGAGUAAAAGAUGAAGAAACAGAGGAACAAAUAGACCUGAUGAAAGUGAAUGAAGACAAACAGCACCAUUUCACAAAUGAAGAUGGAAAAGUGACAUAUAAUAAUGAAGAAAAACCUCAUUUCAAAAAUGAAGAUGGAAAUGCAGUCAUUUCAAAGACUGAAGAGAAUUUCACACAGAAAAAAGCUGGAAAAUCUGGAGUAAAAGGAUUUUUCACCUGUUCAGAGUGUGGAUUGUUUUACGUGCAUGAAUCAGACCUUAAGAAACACAUGAGAAUUCACACGGGAGAAAAUCUGGUCACUUGCAUUCACUGUGGAAAGAGUUUUACAUAUAAAUCAGAGCUUAAGAGACACAUGAGAAUUCACACGGGAGAGAAUCCAGUCACCUGUUCUGAGUGUGGAAAGAGUUUCAUACAUAGAGGACACCUAAAUGUCCACAUGAGAGUUCACACUGGAGAAAGACCGUUCACAUGCACUCAGUGUGGAAAGAGUUUCAGUCGCAAAGAGGACUUAAAUGUGCACACGAGAGUUCACACUGGAGAAAAACCGUUCACAUGCACACAGUGUGGAAAGAGUUACACAUCCAAAAACGUUCUCACCACUCAUCUGCGCCGUCACUCUGAUGUGAGAUCAUUCAGCUGUGAUCAGUGUGAUAAAACAUUUGUUUUGGCAUCAGGCUUAAAAACGCACCUUAAAACUCAUACUGGUUUAAAGCCUCACUUUUGUUCUCUAUGUGGAAAGUGUUUUACACGACUGCACAAUUUAAAAGAGCAUGAGCGUAUUCAUACUGGUGUGAGACCUCAUGUUUGCUCUGACUGUGGGAAGACCUACUCUUCAUUCGCUUCCUUAAAAGUACACCUGCGAGUUCAUACUGGAGAGAAACCGUACAAGUGCUCAAACUGUGGAAAGAGCUUUGCUCGGUCAGAAUCCUUGAAAAUUCAUGAGAGGGUUCAUACUGGAGAGAAGCCACAUCAGUGCUCUUCAUGUGGAAGGAGUUUCACUAGGUCAGAAUCCUUGAAAACUCAUGAGAGAGUUGUUCAUACUGGAGAGAAACCACACCAGUGCUCUUCAUGUGGGAGGAGGUUCACCAGAUUAUUUAGUCUACAGACUCAUAAGAAAAAACGUUGCCCGAAGGUGAAUGAGCAAAUGUUCAUGUUCAGAUCCAUCACUCACAAAUAAUACAUUAACAAGGAAAUAAUUUAACAUUCCGAUUAAUCAUUAAUGUUGGAUAAUUUGCUAAAACCGCUCACCCACACGAUGCCAUACACGCUAUCUGCCCUGUACAGUGAAAACCAGGAUUCAUCCGUGAAGAGAACACCUCUCCAAAGUGCCAGACACCAUCGAAUGUGAGCAUUUGCCCACUCAAGUUGGUUACGACGACAAACUGCAGUCAGGUCGAGACCCCGAUGAGAACGACGAGCAUGCAGAUGAGCUUCCCUGAGACGGUUUCUGACAAUUUGUGCAGAAAUUCUUUGGUUCUGCAAACCGAUUGUUGCAGCAGCUGUCCGGGUGGCUGGUCUCAGACGAUCUUGGAGGUGAAGAUGCUGGAUGUGGAGGUCCUGGGCUGGUGUGGCUACACGUGGUCUGCG